CGAAUCCUUCACAAUUUUGAUGAAUCAAAUUUCGAGCACUUGCUCUCUAGGGGUGCUCGCCCAUUUUAUAGCGAACGGCCGUCGCAUCUUUCUCUGUGCCUGUAUAGUGUCUGUCCAAGCCCGGGGUUUAACGGCAUCACGCUUUCUUUCCCGUUCUCCCCCUCCUCACUGUGACUCCGCCGCUGUUCUUCUCUUCCCGCACCCCCGGACCCUUCACCACUCUGCGACCCAGUUGCCUGCGCCAGGGCUUCUUUCGUUGUUCUCCUUUCUCCAGUCUUGGCCUUCAUGGUCUGUUUUACCCCUAGGGUUUUAGUGUCUUGCUUGUGAUGUCCCUUAAACCCUCAGGAACCUUUGAAUUGGAAGAAAGACUGGGUAAUUUCAAGCCCUUCUCUGAGUCGGGAUCGUGCUCUAGGUCCAUUAGCGAGACGGUUGAUGGGUCGCAUCAAUUCACCAUAAAGGGAUAUUCUUUGGCCAAAGGGAUGGGUGCUGGCAAGUAUAUAAUGAGCGACACUUUCAGUGUUGGUGGUUACGAUUGGGCCAUAUAUUUUUACCCGGACGGCAAGAACCCCGAGGACAAUUCCAUGUAUGUUUCGGUCUUCAUAGCGUUGGCGAGCGAGGGAACCGACGUGAGAGCUUUGUUCAAGUUGACUUUGGUGGAUCAGAGUGAAAAGGGGAAUGACAAGGUACAUAGCCAUUUUGAUCGCCCGCUGGAGAGUGGACCCUAUACGUUGAAGUAUAGAGGCAGCAUGUGGGGUUACAAAAGAUUUUUCAGAAGAACACUAUUGGAAACUUCAGAGUAUCUGAAAGAUGAUUGCCUUGUAAUGCAUUGCACUGUUGGUGUGGUCCAAACACGUUUUGAGGGAAGUAAACAAAGUAUUAUCAUACCACGGUCAGACAUGGGUCAAGAUUUUAAGGGCUUGUUAGAAACUGGAGUUGGUUGUGACAUACUUUUCAAGGUCAAGAAUGAAAGCUUUAAAGCCCAUAAGUUGAUACUUGCAGCACGGUCUCCUGUGUUUAGAGCACAGUUUUAUGGACUUGUUGGGGAUCCUUGCAUCAACGAAGUAGUGGUGGAGGAUAUCGAGCCGUUUAUCUUCAAGCAGGUAAUGCUUCUCUUCAUUUAUACAGAUGAACUUCCUGAUAUCUAUCAAAUCGUGGAUUCAGUGCCGCUGCCCAUGUGCACACAUACUGCCAUGAUGCAGCAUCUAUUGGCUGCCGCUGAUCUGUAUAAUAUUGAUCGUCUGAAAUCAUUAUGUGAGUCAAAAUUGUGUGAAGAUAUCAGUACUGAUACGGUUGCAACAACACUUGCAUUGGCUGAGCAACACCACUGUCCACUGCUUAAGGGCAUCUGUUUAAAAUUUAUCGUGAAUCCAUCAAACCUGGGAGCGGUAAUGCAAUCUGAAACAUUCGUGCACUUGAAGGAGAGCUGUCCCUCCAUGUUGUUGGAGUUGCUGGAGACAUUUGCUUCUGCAGAUGAAAGCUCGAGCCAGACAUUGAGCAGGAAGAGAAGUGGCAGCAGCAUAUAUGGGCAAGAUUUAGCAGAUGAGGGUGCUGCCGAAUCAGUUAAUCCAAAUGGUAGACGUAUCAGGAGGCGGACUUAAUUUGAUUUGAGGUGAGGAUGCUGCUGAAUCAGCGCCCCCCCUCCCCCCCCAAAAAAAACAAAAGAAAACAAAAAAGCAGCAGCCUGACAACACAAAAUAUUGUGUGACAUAGAACGUUUUCUAUGUUGACAUUUUUAUCAGGCGGUACUUUGUAAUUAUCUCUGGGAAUGAAUAUAGUGUUAAUUGUUGAGAAAUAUAGCUGAAUGCUUGAACUUUUGCUACAUAAAAAUUGCAUUUGAUAGGUGAAUGAAUCAAUGGUGCUAAAUGGAUUCUGACCAGCAA